AUUAAAUUUUCUUUAAAUUUUGUCUAAAGUUUUAUUUGGAUACACAAACGAACUAGUGAGAUAUAAUUUGGGGUGUAAAUUACACUUUUCCUCCACUAAAAUACUUUACUAUAUUUUCUGAGAGUGUCGUAUUCGUUCGUAAAAAGCACAUCAGUCCGUUGGAUUUGGAGGGCCUCUGCGUCGCGAAGGAGGAAGACGCAAAUCCGAGACAAGAAGCUUCUAGCUCCGUCAACUGCGAGGCUUAAUGGUGUCCCUAUGUUAUCUUCCCUGAAUUUGAACCUGUUUGAGCACAAAUGCCUCUGAUUCUUCUAACGCCAGAUUCGAUGCUCCUCUAGUUCACGGCAUUCUUGGGGAGGAGGCGUAUUUUGCGAUAACCCUAUACCCGUUUCUGAGCAGUGGUUGGAAAGAUUUUGUGAGUUGGGGAAUAAUUUUUGAUUGAAACAUGCUUCAGAUUCGGCUUAGCAGGGCUCCUGCAUCAGAGGGGUCAGCAGGGGUGAAACAGUCACCUGUUGAGAAUGUUACAGUUGCGUGCCCUGACCAUCUGGUUCUUGCUGAUCUUCCAGUUGCAAAGGGCAUUGGUGCAGCCACGGCCACUUCUCUUGUGAAAACUUUGGGCCGUAGGUCCCGCCGCCAGCUUGGCGAACGAGUCCAUUUCUGUGUUCGCUGUGAUUUCCCUGUAGCCAUUUAUGGACGCCUGAGCCCUUGUGAGCAUGCCUUUUGUCUGGAUUGUUCUCGAAGUGAUUCAAUGUGCUACCUGUGCCCCAAAUGGCCCAAAUUUUCCAGGAAAUUAUCCCCAGUCCUGGAAUUCAGGAAUUGGUGGUGUGCCUUUUGAACAAACACAGGGUGGUAUGGUUGUGGAUCCAAGGGAGGGCAAAGGCAUACUGGCACCACAGCCCAUGCGCCUCCCACCACCACCUCCCCCACCACCACAUGUGAAACAAAACUACUAUUCUGGGGAGAUUGGGCAUGAUGGUCAGGGUUAUGGUUGGCAGCAUGAUAACCGUGAUGGCUUUGGUAGUCAGGGCUAGUUAGGCUUUCUAUCGUUACUAUAUUGGAUUUAUCUGUUUAAUUUUGAGGAUGUUUCUGUGCAUGUUUGUCUCGUCAUGCAUUAUUCGAAUCGCUAAACAGCGAUUAAACCGUUUACUUUUGGGUCUAUUUUGUAUUUGUAUAUUUUAACUGCAUUGAGCUUUUCAUUAUCAUUUACGAAAGGCAACGGAAAUUUUUAUGUCGCCUUGGGUACUAGAAUCACGAUAUAAAAGUGGAACCAUAAUGAAAUGGCUCUCCAAUCAGUAUUCGGUA